GGCGAAAGCGCGAGUCGCGAACAGGCCUCCAGCAGUCGGGUGGUAUACUUCAGAAACAGAAUGACAACAGCUGUGACGGCGGCGCCGCAGGACAGUGCGGGCUUCUGGAAGACGCGCUACACCAUCCUGCUGCUGAACUUGUCGGGUCUGGCCAUCAGCUACGCAACGCGCGUCAACAUCUCGGUGGCCAUCGUCAACAUGGUCAAUGGGACGGCGUUGCUGGAGAGAGACGCCAGUGGAGGUACGCAGCUGAUCCGUGACCCAGACUCCUGCCCAGGCGAGCUGGUGCUCAAUGGUCCGGACGGACACAAGGAUGGGGAAUUUAUGUGGGACAAGCAGAUGCAAGGAGAGAUCCUCGCAGGAUUCUACUACGGUUUUACGGUUGGCCACAUACCGGGAGGCGUACUCGCCGAUCGACUCGGUGGUAAGGCCGUCAUGUUGUUCGGCAUGCUCGUCUCAUCCCUCCUGACAGCCCUGACACCGCUGUCUGCGUGGGCUGGCUACUACGUACUGUUCACGAACAGGGUCCUCCAGGGACUGGCUCAGGGUGGCAUAAUACCAGCUAUACAGACGAUGGUUUGCAGAUGGGCACCAGAUCACGAAAGGAGCUUGUUUUCCAUUAUUUUUCUCGGGAUAUUUAUUGGCACCCUCGUAUCCAUGGCGGUGACGGGCGUUCUGUGCGAGACCGUCGGUGGCUGGCCGCUUCCCUUCUACGUUUUCGGAGGCGUCGGACUACUGUGGUGCGUGCCUUGGUUCUUCCAGGCUGCAGAUUCGCCGUCGCAGCACCCGUACAUCGACCCAGCCGAACGCAACUACAUCAAGGCUACAAUACGGUCAGCUGCUAAGAAGAACCUGCCUGUGCCAUGGAAGAGCAUUAUGUCAUCGCCGGCUGUCUGGGCUCUCGUCGCAAUCAUGGUUACUUUCGACUGGAUCUUCUAUCUGCUCAUCACGUCGCUGCCGCAGUACAUCGCUCAAGUCUUGCACUUCGAUAUCCGCAGCAAUGGGAUCAUAUCAGCCAUUCCACACAUCACUGGUGGCGUUGGCAGUUUGGCAUUUGUGUGGCUUACUGACUUCCUGCUCCGGAAAGAAUGCAUGUCCAAAAUGUGCAGUUUCCGCCUAGUAAAUGGGUUCGGUACUCUGGUGCCAGCCGCUACAAUGAUCAUCGUUGCGCUGGUGGGUUGCGACAGCACCGUCAUCAUUGCGAUGUUGGCGCUCAGUGGCUUCUGCACCGCCACCGACUUCACGAGCUCCUACCUCAACAUGCAGGCCAUCGCCCCCAACUACGCAGGCACCAUCGUCGGCAUCGUCAACAUGUACGGCAAUCUGACGGGCAUCGCAGUCCCUUACAUCGUCGGUGUAUUCACCAGCACAAACCAAACGCGGGCGGGUUGGAAUGCCGUCUUCUACCUGUCAGCUGCGGUGUCCACCGUAUCGUACUUAAUCUACGCUGUGUUUAGCACCGACGAAGAGCAGCCGUGGAAUGAACCACCACCCGAAACAGCACGCAGAGCGAACACCACUGAAGGAAUCGAGAACGCAGCAUUCGAUGAAGGCGCAACGCAAGUGGUUACCGAAGAAAUAACGCAGAGAGGUCAUCGGAGAAAUGUAAUACCUUAGGGGCCAUUCACUGGACAAUGAAUCUCUAAAAAAAAGGCUUAUGAACAAAUAUGAGUUGUUUAUUACACAAAUCGUCAUCAUCAACAACUACUUGACAUCCACUGCAUAGGCUUCCUUCAUUUACUUCCGUGUUCUGUAUCAACGUCUAUACUUCGCAAACUACAUUGUACUUGUGUACCACUACCAUUUCUCCUCUCUCCUGUUCCAUUUG